UAUCCCAUUUCCAAAGCCUCUGCGUCCCAUCAUCAAACGCAUUUCUCAAAAUUUAAAAUAUCGUGGAGUGGGAAAUUCCACAGUUUCUGUCUUCCCGGCUGAAUUCCCGCCGUUCCUUUCCUAAAAGCCAAGAAAACAAACGCAUCUCUCUCUCUCUCCAUUCCCCCUCUCAUAAGACUCUUCUCCAGUCCUGAUUUCUCCUCUAAUAAGACUUUCUCUCUCUCUCUCUCUUUGUGUGGGAUAAGCUUGUAUUGAUUGCUUGUCAGUAAACUGUUUGCGCGCAGGAAACUAUAUAAUGGCGCCUCGGUUGUUUAUCUCAGAGAGAUGCGGUGAAAAGAACACAAACCAGUUGCCAUCACAGUCCCACUGAAGAAGAAGUAGGAUCAGCAAUUGUGUUUUGAUCCAAGUGAGAGGACAUUUCUUUCCUUCACAGCUUUUUUUUAGCUGUUCGACAUCAAAUUCCUGAACAGGAAUUCGAAGAAAACUAUAACAAAUUGGUGUUUAUCACAUUAUCUGCACAAUGAGUUUGUCUUCUCUUUCUACUCAUGAUUUGCAAAGGGAUUUAAUCGUCUCAAGACUAACUGCAAGAUUUUCAGCUGAGUUAUCAAGGGAUUGUCGUCAACAGGUCCCAUGUUCUCCAUCAAGAUCAGUUUCUAUGUCACCUUCAAUUAGCCUACCAGUAACUCAAUCUAUUUAUCUACCUCGUAAUCCCAAACAAAAUAAUUUCUUGUCCCCAGCCAAGCUUUACCAGAAGGAACAUUUUUUAUGCAAAUCAGUGAAGAAUGAAAAGGAUUCCCAUGCUAUUAGCCUUGGCAAUUCUUCAACAUUUUCAGUUGGAACAAAAUUUCAACUUGAUGAUGUCAUAGAGGCUCAACAGUUUGAUAGGGAAAUUUUAAGUGCAAUAUUCGAAGUGGCUAGAGAGAUGGAGAAAAUUGAGAAGUCCUCAUCAGGAGCGAAUAUUUUGAGGGGCUAUUUGAUGGCUACACUCUUUUAUGAGCCCUCAACUCGAACUAGACUUUCGUUUGAGUCUGCCAUGAAACGUUUGGGUGGAGAAGUCUUAACAACUGAAAAUGCACGGGAGUUUUCAUCAGCUGCAAAAGGAGAAACAUUAGAAGAUAGCAUUAGAACAGUUGAAGGUUAUUCGGAUAUUAUUGUCAUGCGCCACUUUGAAAGCGGGGCUGCUAGACGAGCGGCAUCUACUGCUAGCAUUCCUGUAAUUAAUGCUGGGGAUGGCCCAGGGCAGCAUCCAACUCAGGCUCUUUUGGAUGUAUACACGAUUGAGAGGGAGAUAGGAAGACUUGAUGGGAUCAGAGUGGGUCUUGUUGGGGAUCUUGCUAAUGGUAGGACUGUCAGGUCCUUGGCAUAUUUGCUUGCAAAAUACAAUGAUGUAAAGAUCUACUUUGUUGCGCCUGACAUCGUAAAGAUGAAGGAUGAUAUAAAGGACUACCUCAGCUCAAAAGGGGUUGAAUGGGAAGAAAGUGCAGAUCUCAUGGAAGUGGCAUCAAAGUGUGAUGUGGUUUACCAAACGCGUAUUCAACGUGAGAGGUUUGGAGAGAGGAUUGAUCUCUAUGAAGAAGCUCGAGGAAAGUACAUUGUGGACAAGAAAGUGAUGGGUGUGCUGCAGAAGCAUGCUGUGAUCUUGCAUCCUCUCCCAAGGCUAGAUGAGAUAACUGUGGAUGUUGAUGGGGAUCCAAGGGCUGCAUAUUUUAGACAAGCAAAAAAUGGGCUCUACAUUAGGAUGGCUCUUCUCAAGCUUUUGCUUCUUGGUUGGUGAUCUCCUCUCAAACAUGUGUUUAUGAUAGCACAUGCGGUUGCAAGUUUUUUUCCAUGAAUAUGGGCCAGGAAAGAUGUGUAAUAAAAUGUGCUAAUCAUUUUUUGCGAUGUGAUUAAUGUUGCAGUUGUGGUUGAGAAGUUUUUUAGUGGGGUUGAUCUUAGAACCUACAAACUGCAUGAGCUUGCAUGCUUCGGAUUUUGUCCUUUUUUUUUAUUGUAAUAUUAAUAUGUUACUAUUUAUUGACUUUUUAUAUGGAAAAAAAGAAGUAAAAGGCUGGAAAUAAACAUUAUAUUA